AUCGAGAGGCGCCAGGAGAGAAUGCUGUGGAAAAUGACGUGGGAAGGUUCCGGCAAGAGCCGUGCACAAGGGCAACCUGCUGGGGGUGAUGGUGGGCCGAGGGAGGACAAGGUCACCUUAAAGACGCUCCAUGGGCCCAAGCUCACUGCAGAGGAGACGGCUAGGACCUUUCGAAGCUCUGCAGACCCUGCCGUCCAGUUGCAACUUCUUCGUCGAGGGGGGCUCCGAAGGAUGAAGGCGGAGACAAAGGAGUCGGCGGCGGAAAAGAUGAAGGACAUCAGGGCGGGGGUGGCAAAGGACAAAGCUGCAAAGGUGCAGGAUGGAAAGGAUCGUCGAAGAGCUGGACAAGGUGAAAACCUGAGUGCCGGGGAGCCAGAGGUCCAUGAAAAGGCGGGAGGCCGGGUGAGUUGGAAGGCGCCAGAGGAGAUGGUUCAGGUCGACUACACCAGCCAGGAGAAAGACUUCGCCGAGCUGGUGUCGGGUCCAGAUCACUCCAUCUUCGACCACGUCCCGAGGGAAGCGAAGCCCCACGCGGGGCGUGAUGGCACGUCGGCCCCCUUCGAGGCGCAGGAGAUGGUGAGGAAGGCGCAGGCAUUGGCUGAUGGUCCCGUGUUGGGAAAGUUGCAAGAGGCCUCGGAUGAUUUGUAUGCCUGGGCCGCCACAAGAGUCGCCAAUGACCCGGAGGUAGGCUUCGAGGCGUUGAUGGAGGAGAUGGUGCAGUAUGGUCUGGGCGAACUGGCAGCAGAGGCAGCAGACCUUCUCGAAACCCAUGGUGGCGGACCCAAGGCAGGACAUCAAGCUCGGUGUCGAGUGGGAGAGACACGUUGGGACGACGAUGGACCUGGGAAGGCACUGGUGCAGAUUGAUGAGGCAUCCUGGGCUAUGUGGGACUACGGCGAGGUAGUGCACAUGACGGAGGAGCUUGCCGGGCUUCUGGGCCUCAUCGAGCCGGAGAAGGAGAAGCGGCAGUGCGUGACUAAGGUCUUCGCAGCGGGUUUGCUCAUCACCCAGGAGGGCAAAGCUCCAACAAUGGAAGAGGUGGAGAAGUUGGCGCAGGACUUCAGGCUGGAACAGGCCAGACUGGCGGUGGAAGCCGAAGGGGUGAUGGGCCACGCGGAGACGAGGGUGGCACCCGUGGAACAUGAACUCAGAAUGUAUGCCCAUGACAUCCUCACACCACACCAUGACAAGGACUACCGAGCUCUGGCCGUGUUCCCCUUGGCAGCUUUGGAGGAGAUGCGCAUCGUCGUCGUGCGGGUCGACUACAAGGGCGACGUGUUGUUGGAGACGGUGACUGGAAGCCAAUGGACGCAGCGGGACAUGUGGGUGAUGAUUUCGAAGGGCCACAUGACGCUGCUACAGCCCCCGGCGGAGGACGUCGCUCGCCAGUUGCUGACCAACGAGGACGUGUACAACACACCUUGUUUGGGGUUUCGAUACUUUUGGCACCAACGGCACGAUCAGGCAAAAACUGCACCAGGGCUCGUGUGCUGCAGGCACUGCAAACCCCGAAAGGGAGGAGGACAGGAAGAGCAACCGGCAUUGGGCUGUUUGAGAAAAACUACCUGUUUACCCGCGUUGUCCCAGGUCUUGGCUGGAGGCGGUCAGAUGACCAGAGCCGUGCACGAGGCCAAAGGGCACCCUGGUUUGGUCUUGCAGGAGUACUUCGCGGGGCACGGGGUGAUCACUCAAGGGUGGCGGGCAGCAAAUCAGACGGCCUUGGAGCCGAUCGAGUUGUAUGAAAAGCCUCAUCAACAGCUGGGUCCCCGUCCGGAACAUGAUCUUGCAGAUCCAGUUCGGCAAGGGUACUACAUGGAGCGGCUCACAGAGCGAACCUCGAAUGUCCAAUGGAUCGCCAGCCCCUGCACUACGUUCUGUGACUGGUGCUUACAGAAUGGCGGGACCAGGACUUUCCAAAACCCAGCCGGUCUCCCGACAGCCAAGGAACACGUUGGCAACACCCUGUCAGAGUACGGGGCAGCGCUGUUUGAGGCAUCGUUGGCGCAGGGCGGCUUCCCGAUCGCAGAGAGCUCCGGCACUUCUGGCCGGUACCCGAAGCAGUGGCACCUGCCGCAAUGGCGAUGGUUGUUACAACGGCCGGACGUGGACUUCAUCGAAGUGGACAUGUGCGCCUUUGGCUUGGGACCUCCAGAUACUACUGGCCAGUACUACCGCCACAGGACGGGACUUGCUUUCCCUCAUCACCCACCACUUCGACAGGCACUUCUUCGCCUCUGCCCGGGGUUGUCCGACACCCACCAGCACAUCGCCUUGAAGGGCAACAGACCAGGGACCAGCGUCUCCAGGUGCACUGAGGCUGGGGUCUAUGCCGCUAACUUCGUCCGCUCGGUUGUGGAGACAUUAGUCCAUACGUUGACCGGUGGUCGCCAACUCUACGGCUAUGACGAGGAACCCGAGGGCGACCAAGGUUUGGAGGGCCUGGAUGAAGAGCAGAUGCAGCAGGUCGCGGAGAUGGCCAUUGAGGCGGAGAUGGGUGUCUGGAAUGGGGUCGAGAUCCACCAUCAAACCCAACCUGAGAGCGAGGAGACCUACCACCAUCAGGCUCCGCCCGAGAAUGAGGAGACCUACGAGGAGGCGGAGGAGCUCGAGGGCGAGGGCACGGGGGAGACCCAGGAGGACACCGGGAUGGCAGGAGCCCGACCAGAGGAAGGGAGGACACGAAUCGUGUGGCAGAACCUGGGCUUAAGGAACAGAAUCGAUGUCGACGCAGAGCGGGGCUACGUUUGGCUUCACACCAACGAGCCGCGGUAUGACUUGGCAGUCCCUGAUGAGCUCCCGUACCCUUAUGGUCCUAGCCGGUUUCACAGUGAAAGGUACACCCGGUGUGAACGGAGGGAUGCCCGGGGCCGCUUGGAGGUUGCCGAGGUCUACGACGAUUGGAGGACCCAAGGGAGGAGCCAGCCACCCUUUGUUCCGUGGACGGGAACUACCCUCUUCGUGUUCUCGGACGGUCAGCGGAGGACGACCAAGGUGACGAUGAGGACCAUCCCGAUGGGGACGCUGGUGGUGGACCAGGUAGUGGUGCGAGAUGGUCGGGGGGGACCUGGCACGGGUUGGCAAGGGCUCAAUGCCGAUGGUGAGUGGCAAGGGUGGUCUUCGUGGUCUUGGAGGGGGACUCACACUGGGGGCAGCAGAUGGGUCGACUUCGAGGCGGAGGGCAUUUCCGGGAAGGCGGCUACCGCGGCUCUGGGCUACAUCCAGGAGAUCGACAAGGCGAGAGAAGGUGACACGGGACCUGGAGCCUGGGAUUCAAUCCGGGAAAGGGGGGAUUUGCUCCUCAGUGCGGCGGGCUCGGUGGAGAAGGCGGCUUUGGCUUUGUGGAUUGCACGGGAGCACCUUGGGAGGAACAACCUGCAGGGCGUCGAUAGCCAGCAGUUCGAUGACCUCCUACAUCCGGAUCACCUGGCAUAUCUACGGGAAGUACGGGCCCAAGGCAUGCCCGCAAGAUUCCAAGGCCAAAGAGAGAGGGUGGCUACAAAGCCGCAUCCGAGAGCCAGGGCAGACUUGGGACAGGUCUAUGCUCAGUUGAUGAAGGACAUCUUGAAGCACCGAGUGCUGGUGGCCUCAUCGGAGCAUCCGGCUUUGGAACACACAGUCUCCUCGCCUUUUGAGCUCGUCCCCAAGAUGCUGCCGAACCGGACCUUGUCGACAGAGGCGAGACUGGUGCAUGACCAGCGCCAGGUCAACGGGGGAACGCACAAAGACCUCCACCCACCAGCGGGCCAGCCGACGCAUGAGCAGGUGGUCAGACGCAUCCUGUGGUUGAAAGCCCGGUACCCAGGGGUGCCAGUGGUUAUGGCAAAGAAGGAUGUGGCGGGGGCUUUUCGUCUGUUGUGGGUCGACCCGAGAGACACGGAACUGUUUGCUGGGGAUGUGCCACGGAAACCGGACUUGAUUGGGCCGAGCGAUGCAUCUGGGAGGACCGGGCUUGACUCCAACCUGACGGUGAUCUACCUGGUCUCGAGCUUUGGGUUUUCCGGGUCCCCUGGGGAGUGGACCGUCUGGGGCAGAGCGACGGAGGAGGUACACCGCGGCCUGAAGCCUUUGGAGAGUCGGCGCGAUGGGGAGGUGCACUUCUGCGGCAAGAUCCUGGUCGACGAUAUGGUCCUGGUGGAACCCGUGAUAGGCCCCAGACCUUGGGUUUCGAGUGAAGCCUAUGAAUGGGCGGUGACACAGCUGCUGGGGGAGAAGGCCAUCAACAAGCUCAAGGACGCGGAGGAAGGGUGCUUCAGCCGGCAGCAGACCGUUUGGGGCCUCACCAUCAAUGCGGAGACUGAGAGGAUGUCGUUGCCAGAAGCUAGGAUCCUCAAGGGUGCCUACCUCCUGGCUCAACCAUGUUUCAACUAUGGGCACAAGGACCUCCCGCUGAAGGAGCUGCAGAGGUUCCGGGGGAUUGCAACAGGUUGGAGCACGGUCGUGGCAGGACUGAAGAAUGAGCUCAAGAGUGCAGAUGUGUUCCUUGGUGGGAUGGAUGGCAGGGCAGCAGUUCGCCCGCGCUUGGUGCGGGAGGAUGGGUCGGAGGCCGCCAACCAAGAGGAGCUGCAGGCCUGGGAAGCACUAUGGGAGCUCUUCGAGGACUGCCGAUGGCUUUGCUCCCGAUCUGAGACUUGGGCCGAGAAGUUCGGGGGCGACAUCAGGGAGCUACUGCCUCCUCUUGAGCGGCUAGCGCUCCCAGGUCAGCAAGGGGGAGGACCAGUUUUCGUAUCAUCGGACGCAACGCCUGAUGUGGUCGCAGCUAUCGACUGGACAAAUGGGCUUGCUUGUAGGGAGGAGGUCGAGACGUUGAAACCCUGGGUCAAACAAGUGAUUGAAGCCGAGGGCCAAGGAGACCAGAAGUUGGCUAUCCAUCUUGGGGAGAUGCUCAGCUUUGUCGCCUUUGCCUGCAAAGUGGGUCACCAGUGGGAAGGCCGUGUGGUGGUGUACGCCGGGGACAACAAGGUCGUUUACUUCUGGAUCACAAGCAGGAGGAGUGGUCAUACGAGUCCUGAACCUGGUCGAGAAGAGGCACAGGUGCAGGAUCCUGGGCGGCUGGAUGCGGACGCCCUCACCCGCUUGGAGGAGAAGGAGGCAGUCGAGCUCAUGGAGAAGAAGGGUUGGAGACGUCAGGAGAUCAAGCUGAGUAUCCAGCAGGCCCUUGAGGACACCGAGCGGUUUGGCUUGUGUUUCCUGUCCUGGGCUGAUCAGGAGGAUCGUUGGGAGCUGAUGCGGUUGAGGGAACUCAGGGUCUUCAGGGCGAUCUUCCGGCAGCCGGCGGACCUGUCCAAGGUCGAGGUGGUUGAAUGGACACCGGGCCGUCGUCAUGUCAGAGACUGGCAGUACUUCUCGAGCGAUGAAGGCAGCCCGGAGUACAAGAUCGUGGCGGGCACCAUCGGACCGGACCCGAAGCGCAGGAAGGUCAAGGAGUUCCUCCAGUUCCUCGACGGUGAGACAUUCGAUGUGGCGGUCCUCGAAGGCCCUGGCGAGGUGAAGUGGUCUGACAUGGAGCGAUGGGCGGAGGCCAUUGGGUGGACCUGCAUCUUGCAGGCGUUCCUGACGUCCGAGCUAGGUGAGGCCAUGGUGCGACGGAGGGUAGCUGGUUUCAUCUGCCCGGUGAGCAAAACAGCAGAGGCGGUGGAGUUCCUGAUGGUGAAGGCUGUGACACCGCCAGCGAUGGGUACCUACUUGCAGAAGGUGCGGGAGGGCAACUGCGUGGGCGUCCACAAGUUCGAGACAGCGAUCAAUGUGGGCCAGGAGGUGAUGCUCCCGGUGGUGGCGGCACAUGCCUGGGAGGGUCACGAGGGAAAGGCAGGGAUGUGCGCCGACUAUGAGGACUACAAGUCUUUGGGCGCCUUGCUACGGUGGUUGCGGAGAUGGAGGAGAGGAGAUUUUCGACGGACCGAACCUCAACGGAAGGCCGGAGGCUUUGAAGACCAGACGUCGACCGUGUGGUUCUGGGGCGAGGAGCUAUGGUUGGAAGCCCUGGGGCUUGAAGAGAGAGGCCCGGGAAAGUUCGAGGGCGUCGAGCAGAGGCGCUGUGGAGGACGCAAAAAGAAGGAGGUGAAGGUCGUGGAAGAGGACGGCGCCAAGUUCGUUGACUUGAACCCCGACUUCAACCCGGACAUGGAGAUUCAAGCGCAGGUGGAAGAAUGGUUGGAGGCUCACCUGGUGGGGGACAAGGCAGCCAGCACCCAGCGAGCCUACCAAGUGCUGGGCUACCUCGGGUACCUGGGUUGGCUGGGAACUUCGGUCGCCACGAUGAAGCAGGCGGUGUUUGCGAUCAAGGACGCGCACAAGCGGGCAGGCCAUGGCGACACCACCACCACCAAGAUGCACCGCCUUUGGAUCGUCCUAAACUCCUUGGAGAAGAACUCCGUGAAGAGGCCAAGACGCCUGGGAGUUACAGUGCAGAUGCUCAAGUGGAUCGGGAAGCGAAUGGCCACGGGAGCAGAGUCCUUCGGCGAGCUCGAGGUAGACUGCAGGAUGGUGCACGCCGCCAUGGUGACGGGCUGGUUCUUCAUGCUCCGAGCUCGUGAAUUCGCGGACUCCAGUGGGGUGGACCAGGAAAUGAUCCUCCGUGGACAAGAUGUCUCGCUGACCACUCGAGGCCAAGGGGAUGAGGAGAACCCGCAGGAGGUGACGAUGCAGUUCAGGAAGACGAAGGCCGACCAGGAGGCAUUUGGCACGUGCAAGACUAUGCUCAAGACUGGGGUCGAGCAUGUCUGUGUGGUCACGGCCUUUUCGAACUGA